GCGUACUUCGUCUUCUUCGAUACGGACCUGCGUUACGGAGCGACAUAGCUACGAUUUUUUUGCAAUACGACAGACCAAAAUCUCCUGAUUAACCCGAUAUACGACACGUUACCCGAUCGCAUUUUUUAAACUCGGCAGAUUAGAAAAUUGAAAGAUAUGCAGAUAUUUUUAGUUUGAAGUUUGUAUUUUGAUUUUCGCUGGAGAUUCGCUAUUCCUGUUAGGCGGGGUAUUGUAGGUAUGAUCGUAUUACGAAAGCGAGUGAGUGCAAGCGAAACGUCCAAAACGUGCUUCAUGACUAUCGCUUCAUCCAAUAUUGGAUCAUACCGAAUAGAACUGUCCUUUUUUACGCGUGAAAAUAAACAUUUCCGAAUAGAUUCAGAAUUUCUAUAUUCUAUAGUCCGAACGGUACCGGACUAUACCCAUAUUCAUAAUAACAAUCUAGUAGGUUGCGAUGUUUACAGGCAGUUGGUGUUAGUGUGCGUCCAUACUGAAAGCGCGGUGACUGGGGCCUAGGCGGGCGCGACGAGCGACGACAUGCGGUGGCCACAGUGACACGGAAGCUGUUGAACAUGUGUGACGUAUUAUCAGAAGUCCCAAACUAUGGACGACGAUUUAGUUUUUUUACUUGACAGUCCGAUCCUGAGAUGGGAGGUGUUGAACAUUCGAGAUGGUGUGCAUGAAAUAAAUAGAAACAAGUGGAGAAUUUUUUCAUUUGUAUGAAGAACUGAGACUAUACCCUACCAAAUUUUUUGAGUACACUCGAAUGCCCGUGUCAACAUUUGACUACAUCCUGAGUAAAAUAUCAGCUAAAAUCGCCAAAGAAGAUACAAACUUUCGGAAAAGUAUUAGUCCCGAGGAGAAAUUGUUCAUAACACUGAGGUUUUUAUCAACAGGAGCUGGGUUUAGAGCACUGGCAUACAGUUUUCGCAUGGGGAAAAGUACAAUUGCGUCUAUAGUUCACGAAACAUGCCGUGUUCUAUGGGCUGAGUUAGUUCCUAUACACAUGCCGAUACCAACAGAACAACGUCUGAAAGCUAUUGCAGAAGAUUUUGAAGCAACCUGGAAUUUCCCACACUGCAUCGGAGCAAUAGAUGGGAAACAUUGUGAAAUAAAAAAACCACCUAAAUCUGGUUCGGCACAUUGGUGGAAGAAACAGUAUUGUCAUGCAAGCUGUGGCUGAUGCAAAAAGGAGAUUUGUAGCAGUGGAAGUCGGCGGUCGCGGGAAGCAAAGUGAUGGUGGUACUUUUAUAGCAUCAACGCUGUAUAAGCUUAUAGAAAAAAAUAAAUACAAAAUUCCUAGGCCAAAGAGACUCCCAAACUCUGACGUCAUUGCACCCUACGUCCUAGUGGGUGAUGAAGCAUAUCCGUUGAAGCAUUAUUUGAUGCGUCCUUAUCCGGAGCGAGUGCUUAAUAAUGAAAGAAAAUGUUUUAAUAUCAGAUUGUCUACCGCUAGGCAAACAAUUGAAUGUGCAUUCGGCAUUUUAACAUGUAAAUGGAAAAUACUACGAAAACCUAUCGAAACAAAUAGGAGAAAUGCCUUGUAUAUAAUAAAAGCUGCGUGUAUUCUACACAAUACCAUACUGGAUUUGAACGGCGAUAGCGAUUUGGAUAUUCAGAAUGUGCUAUCUAACCCGGCAUUAUGUGAAAAUCGUCACAAUAACCUCGGAGUGCGAAAUAAUAAUCCAUCACGAAGAGCAAAAAAUGUUCGUAUACAAUUCACAAACUAUUUCUCGGAACAGUAUCGAAGAAUGUAAUGGUGAUGAUAUAAUAAAAUAUUAAACUUACCUUCACUUCCAGGAAAUUGUUCUUUUAUUUCAUUCCAUAACUGUCUUGUCUUUGUGCGGUUACUGUGAUGUGGAUGCUUACUUUGCCAUAUAGGUGGCUUAGAUUGAAUCGCACUUAUGAACAAUUCAGUAUCCACCAUUUUGCAUGUGCAUACGCCGAGCGACAAGACCAAACUGGUUUAAUACCGCCGCCACCGCGCGCAAAAUCGCUUGCAGACUAGGCCCGUAGUGUGGCCAGAAAGCGCG